UCGAGUGCGGAGGCGUCUCCAUUGGGAACAUUCCGCAGUCGCGAUUUUAGUUGAAGCUCUGCGGGGAAUGUCGGGCUAGAAGCCCAAGUCGAGUUUCACUUUCACGCAGUUGAGGAACAGGUGAGACGGUCAAGACUUCUGCAGCAUGGACUGCUUUUAUGACCAACAGGUCCCCUUUGUGGUACCAGAGAGUAAAUGUCACUCAGAGGGAAAAGAGCGGUGCCUCAGCGACAGGAAAAGAAAGUUCAUGGAUGCUGGCUUGGCUCAAGACACAGAGGAACUUUUCCAAGAUCUGAGCCAGCUUCAGGAAAUCUGGAUAGCAGAAGCUCAGGCUCCUGAUGAUGAGCAGUUUGUCCCAGAUUUCCAGUCCAAUAACUGGCCGCCAAUCAGCAAAGUGAAGCGAGAGUCCAGCCCAACCAAAGAUCUGUCCCCCUCCAGGACGCGUCACACAGACGUGUGCCUUUACAGCAACGGUACCCAUGACAGGAAAGCAGCUGAAUUCAAGCGUGCCACUGGAGCCGCGCCCCAGCAGCGGGGACUCUCUAACAGUCCCACGAGGCAACUAACAUUAAUGUCCGGCUGCCCCACCCAUCACCACCGCAUGCCACAGGGCAAUCGAAACCAUCAGUUUGCGUUGCCCCACUCUCCCAUUGGCUGCCUCGCUGCAGCCUUGAGUUCAGAGCAGAGGUUUCAGCGGCCGACAUCAGAACCAUGUUUGUCCUUUCUACCGGCAAAGAAAACGGCGAACGUGCUCCACCCUCACUCGAGAGACGCGACCUGCCCGUUGUAUCAGCGGCACCUGCCAGAGCCUCUGGUUCCAGUUGGUGGUGGAGGCAUUUGCAAACAGGAGAUGGUGGAUCCGCGUUAUCCACAGAAAGUGGCCUGUGGUUCUAGCAUGGCGACCUUCAACCAUGUCACCAUCAAGCAAGAGCCAAGGGACUUUGCCCUUGACACAGAGGUUCAAACUUGCCAGUCGUCAUCCUUUGGCAAAACGUCAGUCUUGUACCCGAACGGUGGUGCAGGAUUUGCUCGUGACACAGAAGCACCCUUCUACUAUGACGACACUUGUGUUGUGCCAGACAGACUGGAGGGUAAAGUAAAGCAGGAUGGUUUGCUGUACCAGCGUCGUGGCUCCCUGCAGCUGUGGCAGUUCCUGCUCACACUGCUGGACAACCCGGCCAACGCACAUCUGAUCGUGUGGACAGGGCGUAAUAUGGAAUUCAAACUCAUUGACUCUGAAGAGGUGGCCCGGCUCUGGGGGAUCCAGAAGAACCGACCUGCCAUGAACUAUGACAAGCUGAGCCGCUCACUGAGGUACUACUAUGAGAAGGGCAUCAUGCAGAAGGUAGCUGGAGAGCGAUACGUCUACAAGUUCGUGUGCAACCCCGAGGCCCUCUUCUCCUUGGCAUUCCUAGACAAACAGAGGCCAAGUCUGAAAUCCGACCCAGACGCCCUCCCACCCGCCGGCGAGGAGGAUGGCCUCACUCUGCCCCUCUAUGAGGAGGAGGGUCCUUACUUGGCAGACGGAGGCGAGCAGUGCAUUCAGGGGCUGGCCUUCCCUGAAAGCUGCCUUUACUAGACCACAGUCUAGAUGAUAGCGAUGUGGGAUUUGUGACGUUUAAAAUCUAAAAACGACAUUCCUCCACAGAAGCCCUACAAUUUUUGCAGCCAACAAUCAAAUAAGACACACACUGUGCAGGGUCAAAUCACCGUUUUACCUCGGAGGAUGCACAUUUUUAAAGCAAAUGUUGUCAACCAAAAACGAUCUUUCCAAGCCGUGCAGCUCCUCAACCUGACUGAAAGGGACAUGCUUGUAUUUUUUAGGCGUCCCUGUACUCUUAUAAAUUUGUGAAUUGAAAUGCUGUUUUUGUGUUUGAAAGCUAAUCUUUUUCAUCAUUACAAGAACUCAGUUUGUUUAUGACAAAAAGUAUACCCUCUAUUUUUGAUUCACUGCCACUUUGAUGCUACCAAGCAUGAGGAGUUUUUUCCAAUCAGCUUCAAUGUGCCCACAUAGUUUGCUGCAUUUUGUACAGUAGAGUGAGAGUCGGUUCAGUGUGUAGAAACGUAGUAUAAUUAUUCUGUAUAUGAAUAUAUUUUUGAAAAAGACUGAUGACUUGCACAGUUUCACUUAAUGUGUCAGGGUCGAUCAAUGCCCUUUGCAGAUCACUGCAGGAGAGUAUUGGCCUUCACAUGCUGUACAUGUGCCUUCUGUUAAUCUUCACUGAUACAAAUAAACAAUUUUACUCAAAUAUUCCUUCUCCAUUUCAACCAAAUAUUUUCUUUGUAAUUGGUUUUAAUUAGUAAAAUAAAUUUUACAGUGUCGUCCCCCCCCCCCAAAAAGGUAGAGGUCGGCAACGAACAUUAAUCACCCAAUAAAACUGGUGACAACUAAUGUGAAUUGCGGGACACGUCAUUGUCACUCUGAAUGCACCUCGCCUGUCUCAGCACCCCUUUGCCAUCGAUCCGUCGAGAGGCGCCCCUCACGCCGGCCUUCGCCCCCCAAGCACACCAAAGCUCUGCAAACCCCUGGCAGCCGCGCUGGAGCCCACGUCCUGGCUGCAACCUCAUUGCAUAUGACACAAGUUGGCUUGGCAUUUAUAAACCCCAGGUCGGAUGAACGCAUGCUUCCCCCCCAACUCUUCUUUGUACUUCCUACAUUCCAUACGCGACGUUUCUUUUCAUUACCUUGACAAUGAC